AAAGUUUUACUUAAUUUCAGAUAGAAAAUGGGUAGCGGAGCAUCAAAGGAAGAGUUGAGGACUAGAGAUGUCGUCGUUAUUGGAGCAGGAUAUGGAGGCAUACAGGCGGCGCUGUCUUUGAAGAAGGCUGGAAUACCGUUCAAGAUCAUCGAUCCUAAGGAGUAUUUUCAUCAUUGCGUAGGAGCUCUUAGAGCAUCUGUAUUUCCAGAGUAUGCUAAUAAGGUGGCAAUACCACUCAAGGAAGCUUUUGGAACUAGUUUCGUUCAGGGCAAAGCUAUAAGCUUGGAUACAGAAAACAAAAGUUUGAAGCUUGAAGAUGGUCAGGAGCUGAAGUAUACUCAUUGUAUCAUUGCAGUUGGUAGCUUAGGUCCUAUACCUUGCAGGUCAACACAGACUUCAAUAUCUGGUUUAACUGAAGAGUAUAAGAAUAUAUCAGAAGAAAUCUCCAAGGCCCGAAGCAUCAUGAUAGUAGGAGCUGGAGCAGUUGGAGUAGAGAUGGCGGGUGAGAUAAGGGAGAAGUACAGUGAAACUAAGAUUACUAUUGUAAGUAGUCAAGAAACCCUGGUGGCAGAUUUUACACCAAAGUUCCAAAAAAACAUAAAAAGCAUUCUGGAAGAUCAAAAUAUUCAGGUGUGUAUGUAAAAAAAUUUCUUGAAAAAUAAU